CCAAGCUCGCCAUGGAUCCUCCUCUGUUUCAGCUCCCACCACCACCAUUAAUUCCUCUCCUUGCCUGCCCUCGGGGGAGCGCAGCAUCACGGGGAAUGCAUAUUUAACCCUCCCACCUCCCCUUCCCACUCUCCAUUUAUACCACCUGCACACCAAUCAUCACCUCCCCUUUUGAAAUCUCUCUUCCUCGUCUCUCUCUCAUCUACGAGCUGGAAGUCUAAUGGCUGCCUGUCUUCCCAACUUAUCAUCACCUGGCCGGGAAAGGCGGCUCUCCGAGCUGCUGCAGGAGCAACAAGAGCCCUUCUUGUUGGAUGUUUACCUCCUGGAGAAAGGGUACUCAGACAAGCUCCUCGCUUCCCCGGCCACCAGCCUGUGCUGGCCCAUCAACGACGCAUUCAAGAGGGUGCAGCGGAUCGCAAGCCAUGGUUUCAGGAGGAGUUGCUGGAGGAGGAGGAGAUGUCAGCUGCUGAGGUGCAUGCUCGCCAAGUUUCUCAGCGGGAGGGUCGUCAGGCAGGCCUUCUUGGGCCGGGACAAGAAGGUCCUUCAUUUGUCUGAGGCCGACGAGGUCUUGUCUUUGUCUUCCAGAUGCAGCGAUGGAGGAGAGAUCCCAUGGAAAUCCCAUCAGGUGGAUGAUCCAAAGCAGCUCAGCCCUGUGUCGGUUCUCGAGCUGCACUCUUACGAAGGCUCUCCAGUUCAUCCUACCAAUACAGAAGAGGAUACAUCAACACUGCACCUCUUCAAGGAGCUACUUGAGCUCUCUUGCGUUACUCCUCCUGCUCUCAACCAGUUUGGUACAUCAAAGAAGCAGCUUGAUCUACCAGAGAAGCUUCACUUGGACCGUGAACAGGAAGACAAAAGCACGAAGGAUUCUCAUGAAAGUUCAGGCCAUGAGAUUUUUGAAACUGUGAUCCGCGACGAUGAGACCUCUUCAUGGCAGAGGCAGAGAGGAGUUCGUACUAGCAUCAGCCAGCUGACAUUCUCAGACAUCUCCAACUCCAAGAGGGAAUGGCAUGAAUUCCAGCCUCAGGUUAGAGAGAUUGCAGUUCAGAUAGAAGAAGCCAUUUUUGAGGGUAUCAGAGAAGAUGUAAUCUCAGAGAUGUUAGGCUCUCGUUGUACAUUCUAAAGAUGUUGAUUAGCAGUAUACCAAUGCAGCUACUGAGUAGUUUCAGAAGGUUUCACUCUCUGGCUUUGACAUCAUUGUCUUACAACAAAGCUAUGACAUUAUACUUCAGAAAAUUAGGUAGAAGGUCAGAUGUCUAUUAGCUUGUCUCUCUGCCCAUCAUUGA